CUUUCUGGCAUUCCGCCCCCUCCCUCUCAGCCUUUAAUUAUUGAGUCCGAUCCCCGUCGGUUUCACAUCCUUCGGGUCAGGUCCGACUCCUUGUCGACCCGGCAGUGUUAAAAGCGUCGAUGGUACCUCGUUGAGGUCGAGUGUUCGGAAUUGUUGACCGAGAGCUCGACUCUCUUCGGUUUUGCGCCAUGUUAUUUCGAGCCGGGACAGUAUCAACGCUGCUGGCUUCGACUCUACCCGUCGCUUUGGGACAGUAUGUCCGGGACCUAAGCAGUGAAGAUUGGACUCUUAGCGGUCGGGCCUUGAACCAGACCGUGCCUGCGCAAUUCCCGUCCCAGGUCCAUCUGGAUCUAUGGAAUGCCGGUAUCAUCGAUGAUCCAUACCUUGGCCUAAAUGAUUUCAAUCUUCGCUGGAUCGCGGAUGCCAACUGGACCUACACCAGCGACCCCAUCGAGGGCCUACUUGAUGACUACGACUCUACUUGGCUGGUAUUCGAUGGCCUCGAUACUUUCGCAACCAUAUCCUUCUGCGGGCAGCAGAUUGCGUCCACAGACAACCAAUUCCGCCAGUAUGCGUUCGACGUGUCCGAAGCGCUCGGGGCCUGUGAGGCAGACCCCGUUGUGAGCAUCGACUUUGGGAGCGCGCCAAACAUUGUCGAUGCAAUUGCCGACGAUCCGAACUCACAGACAUGGCCAUCCGGCGUUCAGAUCACCUACGAAUACCCAAAUCGCUGGUUCAUGCGCAAGGAACAGUCUGAUUUCGGAUGGGAUUGGGGCCCCGCGUUCGCCCCCGCAGGUCCCUGGAAGCCUGCAUAUCUUGUUCAACUGGAGAAGACUGAAGGUAUCUAUGUGUUGAACACCGACCUGGAUAUCUACCGACGAGGGCAGAUCAAUUAUCUCCCGCCCGACCAGAGUCAACCCUGGGUGGUCAACGCCAGCAUCGACUUCCUGGGUUCUCUACCAAGCAAUCCAUCGAUAUCCAUCGACGUGACAGACGUUGACUCCGGCGCGCUUCUCACAUCUCGGAUCUUAGAAAACAUCACCACCUCCGACAGCUCCAUCACGGGCAUCACCAUCCUAGACGAUCUAACCCCCAAGCUGUGGUGGCCCCAAGGCCUCGGCGAUCAGAACCUCUACAACGUCACCAUCACAGUCGAGGACAACCAAAAGCAGCCCAUCGCCCACGUUUCCAAACGCACCGGCUUCCGCACCAUCUUCCUCAACCAGCGCAACAUCACCGAAGCCCAACGCGCACAGGGAAUCGCCCCCGGCGCGAACUGGCACUUCGAAGUCAACGGCCACGAGUUCUACGCCAAAGGCUCCAACCUCAUCCCCCCCGACUGCUUCUGGCCGCGAGUCACCGAGGACAAAAUGACGCGACUCUUCGACGCCGUCGUGGCCGGCAACCAGAACAUGCUCCGAGUGUGGUCCUCCGGCGCCUACCUCCACGACUUUAUCUACGACCUGGCCGACGAAAGGGGCAUCCUCCUGUGGAGCGAAUUCCAAUUCAGCGACGCCCUCUACCCAUCCUCCUCCUCCAGCUUCCUCGAAAACGUCGCCGCCGAAAUCACGUACAACGUCCGCCGCGUCAACCACCACCCCUCCCUGGCCCUGUGGGCCGGCAGCAACGAAAUCGAAGUCCUCAUGCUCCUCCUCGUCCAGGAAGCCGACCCAGCAUCCUACCCCUACUACGUCGGCGAGUACGAAAGCAUGUUUAUCACCCUCUUCCUGCCCCUGGUGUACGAGAACACCCGUUCCAUCUCCUACACGCCCAGCAGCACCACAAACGGCUAUCUCUCCAUCAACCUCUCGGCCCCGAUCCCCAUGGCCGAACGCUACGACAACACCACCCCCGGCUCCUACUACGGCGACACAGACCACUACAACUACGACACGAGCGUCGCCUUCGACUACGGCUCCUACCCCGUGGGCCGCUUCGCCAACGAAUUCGGCUUCCACAGCAUGCCCAGCCUCCAGACAUGGCAAACCGCCCUGACGGACCCGCAGGACUUCGCCUUCAACAGCUCCGUCGUCAUGGCGCGAAACCACCACGACCCCGUCGGCGGCCUCUCCACCACCAACACCACCAACUCCGCCAUCGGCAUGGCCCAGAUGACCAUGGGCGUGCUCUCCUACUACCCCGUCCCCAACAUCCCCGCCGACCCCACGGCCAACUUCAGCGCCUGGUGCCACGCCACCCAGCUCUUCCAGGCAGACAUGUACAAAGCCCAAAUCCAAUUCUACCGUCGCGGCAGCGGAAUGCCCGAGCGCCAGCUCGGCUCCCUCUACUGGCAGCUCGAGGACAUCUGGCAGGCGCCGUCGUGGGCGGGAUUAGAAUACGGCGGACGAUGGAAGGUGCUGCACCACGUCGCGAGGGAUAUCUAUCAGCCCGUCAUUGUAUCCCCGUUUUGGAAUUACACGACCGGCUCGCUGGAGGUGUAUGUCACGUCGGAUCUCUGGGAUGGUGUUUCCGGGAGUGUGAAUAUGACGUGGUUCGAUUUGCAGGGCAACGCGAUCCCGGAUAAUGCGGGGACGCCGCGCCAGAUGCCCUUUUCGGUGGGUGGGUUGAACACGACGCGGGUGUAUGGGACCGAUGGGGCGAGUUUGAACCUCCCAGACCAGAACGAUGCGGUGCUGGUGCUGGAGAUGGAGGGGAUGGGGAAGCGUCCGAAUAGUGAUCAGGCGACAGCGAGCGAGAGCAGGUUCACGCAUAGCAAUUAUGUGACCCUGGCGUGGCCGAAGGAUCUGAGGCUUGUUGAUCCGGGGCUGGAGGUCCGGUAUCAGCGGGAUAGGGGGACGUUUGUGGUGCGGGCCACGACCGGCGUGUCGCUGUAUACCUGGUUGGAUUAUCCCAAGGGCGUGGUGGGGUAUUUUGAGGAUAAUGCCUUUGUGUUGGUUCCGGGGGAGGAGAAGGAGGUAGGGUUUGUGGUUCAGGACGAUCCGCCGGAUGAGGGGGAGUGGGUUAGGGGUGUCAACGUGCGGAGUCUUUGGGAUCAGAAGGGGACAGUCAUUCACAGUUAA